AUGGACAAGGAAGUGGAGAAACUAGUAAAAAGUUGUAAGUCCUGUAUAAUUGUUUCUUCCCUGGAACCUCCAGAACCAUUAAAACGCACCUUGAUGCCGGAAAGAGCAUGGGUUGAUCUGGCAGCAGAUUUUGUAGGUCCGUUGCCAUCUGGGCAUAACUUGUUAGUCAUCGUAGACUAUUUUAGUAGGUUUAUCGAAGUGAUUGUAAUGAAUCUAAUUACCGCGGCAUUAACGGUUCAAGCAUUACACGAAACAUUCUGUCGUUUCGGGAUGCCGGAGACAUUAAAGACUGAUAAUGGAGCCCAAUUUGUUAGCGAAGAGUUAAAUUCGUUCUGCAAACAGUUUGGAAUAGAAUUAAGAAGGACAACACCAUAUUGGCCUCAGGCCAACGGUGAAGUCGAAAGGGUCAACGGAAUGUUAACAAAGUAUCUGAAAAUCAGUCAGGCAGAAGGAACGGAUUGGAAGUGGGAUCUACGCAUGUGUGUUCUCAUGUAUAACUCGUCUCCACACUCAACAACGGGAGUUGCUCCAGCGGUUCUAAUGUUUGGGCGCCUACUUGAAGAUAAAUUACCAGCAUUGCAGUACCUUCCGCAACAGUCAGUGGACGAAGUUCGGGAUCGAGAUCGGAUUCGUAAAUAUGAAGGAGCGCGAUACGCAGAUCAUCGCCGUCAAGCCAAGUUAAGGGCGUUACAGGCUGGGGAUGUGGUGGUGAUUAAAAGGUCACAUAAAGAAAACAAAUUGUCAUCAAAUUUCAGUCCAGAAGAAUGGACGGUCGUUGAACAAAUUGGAUCGGAUGUAAAACUUUGUUCUAAAGUCUCUAACCGUGUGCUGCAUAGAAACAUUGCGCAUUUGAAAUUGAUUCCAGAACCAGACGAGGAGCAUUCUAUUUACUCUUCAAAGGAGCGUUUUAGUCCAGAUAAGGCACAGCCGGAGCAACAGGCGUCUCAACUAGAGACAGACAUAAGUACAACAGGGCGUCCGCGAAGAGAUAGUAAACCGCCGUCACAUUUGAAGGAUUUUUCAGUUGGCUAG